AUGCACCAUACCUGUAGGGCAGUGCGUCGCAGCGCCGGCUCGGGGGCGGAGGACGAGGCGGCCUCCGACUGCGGGGGUGGCGGACGGCGAGCGGCGCCUGCGCAGGGGGGCGCCCUCCUGGAGGCGGGGGGCGGCGGUGGAGGCGGGGGCGGCCAGUGGUGUGCCGGACGCGCUGCGCGGCGCUCGCCUCCCUCUGCCCUCUGCCCGCGGCUGCUGCUGGCCCGCGCCACCGGCUCCUCGCCACGGCCGACCGGGGCAGAUGUGGACUCUGACCACAAUCUAUUGGUUAUGAACUGUAGAUUAAAACAGAAGAAACUGCAAAAAGGUAGGAAUUUAAGGAGAUGGGACCUGGAUAAACUGAAAGAACCAGAGGUUGUACAGAGUUUCAGGGAGAGCAUAAGAGAACAAUUGACAGGUUUGGGGGAAAGAAAUAUAGUAGAAGAAGAAUGGGUAGCUUUGAGGGAUGAAGUAGUGAAGGCAGCAGAGGAUCAAGUAGGUAAAAAGACGAGAUCUAGUAGAAAUCCUUGGGUAACAGAAGAAAUAUUGAAUUUAGUUGAUGAAAGGAGAAAAUACAAAAAUGCAGUAAAUGAAGCAGGCAGAGAAGAAUACAAACGUCUCAAAAAUGAGAUCGACAGGAAGUGCAAAAUGGCUAAGCAGGGAUGGCUAGAGGACAAAUGUAAGGGUGUAGAGGCUUAUCUCACUAGGGGUAAGAUAGAUACUGCCUACAGGAAAAUUAAAGAGACCUUUGGAGAAAAGAGAACCACUUGUAUGAAUAUCAAGAGCUCAGAUGGAAAUCCAGUUCUAAGCAAAGAAGGGAAAGCAGAAAGGUGGAAGGAGUAUAUAGAGGGUCUAUACAAGGGCGAUGUAUUUGAGGACAAUAUUAUGGAAAUGGAAGAGGAUGUAGAUGAAGAUGAAAUGGGAGAUAUGAUACUGCGUGAAGAGUUUGACAGAGCACUGAAAGGCCUGAGUCGAAACAAGACCCCGGGAGUAGACAAAAUUCCAUUAGAACUACUGACAGCCUUGGGAGAGCCAGUCCUGACAAAACUCUACCAUCUGGGCGCUGCAGUGAAGGGCGGCGCCGUGGGUGUGGCUGCCCUCAGAGACGGCUCGUGUCGGAGCUCGCAGAACCGCUCGCCCUGGAACUCGCCGAACGACCGCCUGGCAGUGCGCCGGGAAGCCGGCUGGCUGCACGCCCGGCGCGGCGGAAGCGAACAGGUGGCGCGGUUGCAGACCGUGUUUCGCCUGGAGCGGCGCUGGGGCCGCGCUGUCGUGCGCUGCUUUCCGGAACUCGGCCCCUAA